GUCUUGUCAUGCACUUGUGUCACUUCUUCAAUCCACCUUCAGUCACUUGCACGAUCUUAUUCUGAGCUCCGCUCCCCUUUGAGUACCAUCGCGGUGACUCCUAACCCCCUCAAUAUGUUGAAUUACUCGAUUUGGAUUAUGAGUGAUUAAUUUGAACCGAGAUUGAAAAUUGAAAAUCAUGGAAAAAAACUACCCGAAUUCAUUAUAUUUAUCAACUAACGCAAGAGAAUGUGCGCAAACGCGAAAGAAUAACCAAAAAAUUGAUUGUACCGUAUGCGGCGAGAGCUCGAAGAUUUCGAUGGAAGCUUUUGAUGAUUAUUAAUUGCGGAUUUGUGAAAUACGGGAAAGGAAGGCGGACGGGCAAGCAGACGGAAAAUGGAGAUACAGGACAUUGUAAGGAAAAUUUUUGGACCCGGUUUCAAUGAGCUAUCGGAUGAACUUGCAACUGGUGUUAUUGGUGGAGCCAAAUCAAAAGUUUACAAUUUUGCAAAUCCAAGCAGUUUGAGUCGAGCCGAAUGUUAUAUAGAAGCGGCUCUGGCCGAGGAUGAUGCAUCAAAGAUACAAGAAGAUCAACGGCCCGGACGAAUAGGACCAAAGUUGGUGAAAUUUGACGUCGCUACUCAUCACGGGCUUUUCAUUGUUUCACCGGACAGACUGAGCGUCAAUUCCCAAAGCAACUUUAGUACCAUAAAAGCCAAUACAGCUUUGUACAGCGGCAAAUGGUUGUACGAAGUCCAAUUGGGGUCCAAAGGUGUAAUGCAAAUAGGCUGGGGAACUGCGCAAUGUAAAUUCAGUCACGAGUCAGGCGUAGGUGAUACGGUUACGUCGUUCGCGUACGAUGGGAAUCGCGUACGAAAAUGGAAUGUAACUACGUACAAAUACGGGGAGGCUUGGCUUUCCGGUGAUAUUAUCGGUUGCGCAUUGGACUUGGAUGAGGGAUGCGUAUCAUUUUACAGAAAUGGAAGGAAUCUUGGGGUGGCGUUCGAAAAUAUUCCAAGAGGAGCGGGAAUCGCAUAUUUUCCAACCGUUAGUCUCGCAUUCACUGAAAAUUUGAUGGCAAAUUUUGGCUCAACACCAUUGAAAUAUCCGGUCAAGGGAUACGAGGCCCCUCAAGCACCACCGAGGAAUGAGCUCAAAAAAGUACUACUUUUGCUCGAAUGGCUGACGAGACUCCUCGUACAAAUGAAAGAAAGAAGCCGAGAUACGGGAUUUCGAAAUUUCGACGAAUCCUCAACGAAUGUUCAACAAACAUCGAAGAAUAAUGGGGUGAUGAAGAGGGUUUCCAUCGAGACAUACCUGUUAUGCUUGAGCAGGCUAAUCAUUAAAUAUUUGGGACCUCUUUUGACCUCAUCCCACGUAACCGAAGCACUUUUUAUACCAUUCAUCCGAAGAAUAAAAUCGUCCGAAAAGUCGCAGGAGCAACAAAAUCCGCAGGAAUUAAUGCUAUGUCUCGAUCUAAUGUGGAUGUUUAUGGAACAAGAGGAGAUGAAAGUUUGCUUGGAAAAUACAGUUGUUUCUUUGCUGUCGUCUUUUAGACACGCAUCAUUGAUGAUCUCGUAUCCGAAUCAAUGCGACAACCUUGCGCCCCUGAUAGAUCUUUGUCGUCACGCUAAAACGAGACAACACCUUUUGCAGUACGUACUCUUCGAUCGUGUGAGGUUUGCUAAUUUUCUUCACGUAAAACCGCUCGAUGAACACGGUUUGAAGGAGGUUGUUAAUAAAAUUUGGUGGGAAACCGAUCCGCCGCUGAUCGAUGACUCGCUCGAUAUCUCCAAAAAGAGCUACAUGGAUGCUUGCAACGAGAUCAAGAAUGCUAUAUCGGAAUUGGAAUGCCUUCAGGUUGAACUGCUCGUUCUCCUCUUGGAUAACAACGACGCCACUAACCGUACUCCUUCCUCAAGGACCAUUUUUCUCACCAAGUUUCGACGAUUUCUUCACGAAAAUCUCGUCUCCGGUAGAACACCUCUACCCAUUACCGUGUGCUGUUUCCAUCGUCUUCUCGGAGCUUUCAAGGUCUUGUGGCUUUAUACCGAAGAUACAAUUUUCAUACCAUGCAGAUCUUUUUAUGAUGGUUCCCUCGAUUAUUACGGUAUCGACAGACUCGGUGGUGUUUUAUCGCAUUUGAACAAGACAUACAAGAGGGAUUUAAUUGCGAAUUUGGGAAGUAAUCACGAGAUUAUAGCGAGAAUGGAAGACGGUGAAAGAAGAAUGGCGCAAGAGUCGAGUAGCGCUACCGCUGGCGUCACCGCGAGCCCAAAUGGCACGUUAAUGGGCGAAGCAGGCCGAGCCGCUCUCAACGAAAUACCAACUUUAGCGCGUUUGAUAAGCAUGAACUCAUCGGGAGCGCCGGCAGCAGCGACCGCGGCGACUGUUCCGAUGAUACUCGAAAGACUCGGUUAUACGUCGAGCAAUAACCGGCGGAGGGAAGAGGAUACUGCGAGGAGGCUCGCUCGGCCCGGUUCCGCGGACGAACGACUCUCGUUGCUCGAGCUUCUCGACGGUAUAAUAUUAUUUUAUCAUGCCGCUGCGAAGAAACAAAUUGCGAAAAUAGCGGGUCUCCGCGAGAGCAUGUCGGAAUACAUCGUUGCACUCUCGGAAGCAACGAGACGUCUCGAGUCGAUUAAUCAUAAUAAAAAAUCCAAGGACGACGAGGAAGCUAUAAAUAUCGAAAGAGAAUUGAUUCGCACGAUUGGUGUUUUUAAGAAAAAAUUGAUCGAACAAUCGCGACACAUGGCUUGGGUACGCGCCGCCGUUUAUUCCGAAGAGAAGCAGCAACAAAUAGCUUGGCUGUUGCGCGUCGUUACCUGGACGCUCGCUAAAUCGAGCCAAGAGGGCAGCAUGUUUAGUUUCGUUCCAGAGUUUUAUCUCGAAGCACUCUCCGACUUGUGCCUCGGUCUGCGUAGUCAUUUCCAUCCGACCGUACCGAUCGAAAAGAUACCCGAUUACGAAGCUCUCUUGAUCGAGGUUGGACAGUAUUUGUGCAAUCAUUUUUUAGAUCCACGAAUCGUUAACGCAAACUCCAAGGAUACCCUCAUACUGACCCUCGCUGGUUUCGUCUCGAAUCCUCUGACCCUGAGGGGACUCGAGCGAGUAUCAGAAAAAUCUCGUCUCAAUUUUGUUACGAAUCUUUUGAGACCCUAUGAGAACCGCGCUUGGGCACAAUCCAAUUGGGUGUUGGUCAGAUUUUGGCAGGGACACGGUUUUGCCUUUCGCUACGAAACUAGUCCCCAUCUUUCGAAAAAAAUUGGCCCAAAGAUGUUGCAACAGGAUUCUAUAGCGCAACCCAUCAAGCCUUGUCCAUCGAUUAUUUAUCAAAAUCACGUAAAGCAGGUCUUGCUGAACAAUUUGUCGCAGACUAUCAAGUUUUUAAAUUCUCUCCUGAAUCAGCUAAACUGGGCUUUUUCUGAAUUCAUCGGUAUGGUACAAGAAAUUCAUAAUGUAUCCUCGAGACCCGAGCGGGUAUUCAUCGAAUCUCGACAGCUCAAAAUUUGCGCAACCUGCUUCGAUCUCGCUGUUUCUCUUCUGAGAGUCAUAGAAAUGAUCGCUACCAUAGCUCCGGCCAUAUUCAACGAUCCUGCCCGAUUUUCCAGUGAAAAUUUACUCAUCAGGCUAUGCCAGUUGUUGUGCCAAAUUUUGAAUCGCGUGAGUUCCCAAACGAGCUCCUUUCAACACGUCGUUUUGUUGGAUAUACCGGAUUUGGAGACUGUCGAUCAUUUUCCGAUUCUUGCCGCCGUUAUUGGCAUUCUCUUGGCUCUUUUGCAACAAGAAAUAACAUCCAAACAUGCUCACGAAGCUAAAGAGGUUCCGCGAACGACUGGAACUCUCCUAAUGGAGCCGAGUUUUCAGAUGAGCUCACUGUAUUUCGUUCUCGGCGAGGGAACAACCAAGAAACCCGCUCUGAAAAACAUAAAAACAUUUACUCUCUUGAAUUAUAAGGAGGACGUGAGCGAGGCAGAUAUCGUUUCGGUUCGAGAUAUGAUAAAACAUUUGGAGAUUAAUCGUGGAUUGUUACCAGAGACUAGAUUGAUCAGCGACGACGACGAUACCUGCACCAUCUGUUACGCUUAUCCAAUCGCCGUUACUUUCAAGCCUUGUAAUCAUCGCUCAUGCCGCGGCUGCAUCGAUCGACACGUACUAAAUAGUCGCGAAUGUUUCUUUUGUAAAACUAUUAUUAUUGAGAUUCAUGAUCUCGAAGGUCAACUUUUGCACGAUCUCACGAGUAGCAGCAGCAGCAGCAACAGCAGCGAGCCCUCGUCCGGAUUGCCCUCGGCCGCCACGCCAUGAAACACGCGCUAAAACAAUCAAAACUCUACCACGUUUAAGAGCCUCAUAUAGAGCUUUAUUUUCUGUGUACAUGACAGAGGUUCCAUUAGAUAACCAAUCAAUACAAAUGAGUGUGUUUAUGGGCUUGAUUGGCCGAUUAAAAAAUUAUUCAAUAAUAA